AUGAACACCUGUGCGCGAGCGGUCUCGACAAGCUACAAGCACAUGAACCAGUUCUUUACCAAGGCGAUGUACGAGCAUGAGUCUCUGCAGAAAUACCGGUACUAUUUGCGCAUGGACGCGGACUUCGAAUUCCAAAUGGGCCUGAAUAUGGACCCUUUCUGUCUAAUGGCGAAGACUGGCCGGAAGUUUGUCUGGCAGACGCGAAGACAUGUUCGCGACCUAACCUGUUCAGAAGGUCUCUGGGAAUGGUUCCUGAAAUACCAGCAAGACAACGGCCUGACCCCACAGGACACCCACAUCUGGGGAGAAUCGGCUUCGAUGAUCAACUACGUUGGCUAUGUGGGAAUGGGAGAUCUGGACUUCUUUCGAUCUGAGCGUGUUCGCAAGCUCGCGGCAGCGCUGAACGAGGACGGGCGGGUGUACCUGAACAGGUGGUCGGACCAGACCUACUACGUCCUCCUGCUCGCCCUCUUCGAAAACCAUACCGCCGUGGGCGACCUCGGCUUCUGGUGGUCCGAGGACCUUUUCUGCCACAAGUGCAGGAAGCCUGGCAGGUUCGACCCCUUCACGGGCAAGGUCCACUUUGAUGGCGGAGCUCUACCCUCCAGAAGUCAUGGACAGAAGCAGAGGUUGAGUGAGAUGAGGUAG